GAAAUGGCCUGUCUGGGCUGCCUUGUCCUUGUCUUGUCCAGUGUACCAGCCGCGCAUGAGGGAGAGCCGUGAACGGAAGUGGGAACACAAAAUUUCAUCGGAACGGAAGGGAGAUUGGCAGUGGAGCGGAGCGGAGUGAUCGGUUGCUCGAUUGCACUCGUGUUAUUCUCAAUCGCGAUCCUUGAGGCUACCCACUACCGUCUCACUCGCCACUGCAUUCCAUCGAAUUGUACCGCAUAGCUGUACCGCUUCUCCACUAGAUUCAGGACAGAGAGCACCGAUUGCGUCCAAGAGCACCAAAGAAUUCCGAGACUCUGCCAACAGCCCCUUGCAAAGCACCCCUCACUGUCGAGUCUUACCUCCGCCUCCACCAUGCGCACAUCCCGAUCGACCAGCUUCAGGAUAGCAGGCAUGUUCAGAGAACUCCCCUCCGUCCUCCCUCUUCUCCUCCUAUGUAGCUUCUUCCUCCUCCUCAUCAGCCCCAGCCCCGUCCUCUCCUCCCCCACCACCUCACGGCGCGCAAGCGACCUGGACGGCGGCGAGCACAUGGUCACUCUCACAGCAAACGACUUCCAAUCCGGCAUCAGUACCGAUUUGACCUUUGUUGAAUUCUACUCUCCUUGGUGUGGACACUGCAAGCGCUUUGCUCCGACGUUCAAGAAUGUAGCAGAGAUUCAGGAACACUGGGCAGAAGAGGGAUUCAGAAUCAAGAGGGUCAAUUGCGCAAAUUCUGGAGACGUAUGCGAAUCGCAAAAAGUUACUGGGUACCCUUCCCUGUUCCUCUACAGGAACGGGCAGAUGGUGGAAAAGUACAAGGGCGAUCGCUCCUUUGAGGAUCUCAUGAGCUUCACUACAGCCCGCGCAAGCGACUAUCGUAAGCAAAAAGAGGCGAAAGUCGGCAAGGUCGCUGCUCCCGCGGGCGCUGGUGCUGGCAUUGCUGCUGGAGCUGUGUAG